AUGGACAAAUUCCUCCAUCGCAUCCGCCGCCGCAGCUCCUCGUCCCGCCCCCAAAAGAGCUCCCCGCGCCGCCUCUACGUCAUCUCAAAUACACCCACGCUAGACAACGCCUCGCUACGCCGCUUCGAAGCCGAGGGGCUGGCAGUCGAGUAUAUCCACUUCCCCGACGACGAGUAUGGCCAUCCUGAGCGCGCCCGAAGGGACCUUGAGAUCCUAGUGCACGAGCGCGAAGAUGACCUUGAACCAGGCGAGCGGUUCGCUAUUGUAGCGUAUAACCGCCCUGCCUAUCUGCUUCUGCUCUCACACCACAUGCCAACGAGCACGAAUCCGUUCCCGCGACUAUGUGCCUUUAUCGCGAUGUAUCCGGAGCCUCCAGAGAGUGCGACGCAGAAUGUGCCGGUCCCACCGCGCCUCCCACCAUCUACAACAGCGGCGUCCACAUCGACGUCCGCCGCGUAUGAAACUGUCCCCAUUUUGCCUAUUCAGAUCCAUCUAGCUGGCUCGCAGAACCAGAGACUUGCGCUGUGGGAUGAUACAAAUAAGCGGCACCGGUGCCAUUUGUACUUCUACCCCGAGAGUGAGCCGGGUUUUGCGGGGGAUGUGCAUUCGCCAGUGUACGACAAGAUUAGUUCGCGGCUUGCGUGGAGUCGGGCGUUGAAUGGUGUUAAGGGCGGGUUUGGCUGGCCUGGUGGUGGGGGAGAUUGGGGUGCGCCGGAGCCUGAGAUUGUUUGGGAGGGGUAUUGGAGGAACAUAUAUGAUAAUGCGACGCAGCGGUUUUCCACGCCGGCGGCGGCGCCGGAUAUGCUUAGUUUGAUGGUUGGAGGUGGUGCCGGGGAUCCGCAAUUUGAUGAUCGGACGUGUGUGAACUGUGUUUCAUCUGGGGUUGGAGGUUUGUGCCCUGUGAAUUGA